UAUGGUGGAGAGAGAGAUUUCUUUUCUUUUAUCUUUUUCUCUUCUAUUCCAAUUCUAUUCAUCUUCGUCUUUAUCUCAGUGAUCUGUUCUUCAUCCUUUCAAAACCUUCAUCGUCUUCUCAGAACUUUCUUUCUGUAUCGAUUUGUUUUAAAUUCAUGGAUCCACACAUCAGGUUUGGUAUCUUUUCCUUUGGUUUUAUUAAUUUUUUUUUAUCUUGAUCUUCAACCUUCUCUACAACUGUUGUUGUUCUUUUGCUGCUGUUCUUACCUCCAUAUUCCCAUACUAUAUUUGUUUCAGCAAAGAUUCUCAAUCUGUCAAGUUGAUCAUUAAGGAUUCCGAAGACGUAGUUAAUCGCGAUAACAAGAGAGUUAAAAAGUCUCAUCCUACUUUUAAGAUUGAUACUUCCGUAGAUAUGCCCGUGAUUCCUUUUAAAUUUCCUCCCCGUGAUUUGCCUCGUGAUUCUGUCGAGCUCCAAAAGGAUUCUCCUAAUUAGGAUGUCCAUACCUCUUUAAAGAACGCUACCGCCUUGUCCACUGAUGAUACUACCACGCAUUCAAAAGAUCCCGCUUCUUCAUUUUCUGAGGAUGUUAUCUCCCCUGUAAAGGAUAUCACCGCCUCUUCUAAGGAGAUCAUUUCUUUCUCUCCAAUGGACAUUACUAUCUCUAUUCCCUCACUUUUGAAAGAUGUCACUGCAUCUCCAAAGAAUAUCACUGCUUCAUCUUCUAUUGACGUUGUUACUCUUAGUUUUGUUAAUGAAGAUGUUCUCCAAGGGGAUGAAUCUGGAACCAAAUUGUUGCUGGAAAUCAUAAAUGCCGCCCACUCUUCUAGUGAUAAUCCUUUGCAUUCUCGGGUUUGUGACGCUCCUACUAAGCUGUUAUGCGAAUCUUCUCUGGAUAAGUCUUCCAGGAAUGAAAUUUUCUCUCAAUUGGACCCGUGCGUUAAUCUCGCAUUUGAACGAAUCCCAUCGUCGCCUGGUUCAGAUUGAAGGUUUUUCUGAAUAUAGCAAUAUCAUCCAAGAGCUUUCCCAGCAGGUUGCCAAGCUAAAGGGUGAUCUUCUAGCUGAAUCCAUCACGUUUGAAAAUCUUCGCUCCAAGAAUCAAGAACACAGAGCAUCUGAUAAAUCACAUCAACUUAUCAUCAAGAUAUUGAAGUACGAUCUCGUAAAGGCGCGAAAAGAACGCGGUGAUUUCUCUGUGCAUCUUUCUUCUACUAGGGAUAUAUCUACAAGGAGGGGUACAUAUCUUGAAAGGCUGAUGGAGGUUGCAGUGGUAUCACCAAGAAAAGCGCUGCACGCGAUCUUUUCAUUAAGGCUAAAGCUUUUGCCGAUUAAAUUUGUCGUGCUUAUGAAAAUCCUUUAUUAUAUUUGGAGCCGCCUGAAGUUCCUGCUGAUGAAGAGCUUCCUGAACCCGAUUCCAAUGAUUAUAGUGAAAGUGAUGGUGAUGAAGAAUCUCCUCUUGAUGAAGAUCAGUCAAAAGAGAGUGAAGCUGGUGGUGGAUCUUCUAAAGAUGUUACUCAUGAUACCGAAAUCCAGGAUGUGCCUCAGAAUGAUCCUUAAGCCUUUUCUUUGAACGCGAUUUUUUCUUCAUCUUCUUGUGUAACUGGGCGCUCCCAAGCUUGGGGGGCAUGCACUCUUUUUACCUGUCCCUGGUGACAAACUAAGAAAACACA